CGUUGACCUUACCCCGGCUGUGUUUCGGUAUCCGUGGCAAGGAGCAAGGAGACUGAGAACUUCUUAAGCCUAAGUUUGGCCUUGAAUCGAUUCCCUUAUGAUUAGUAGACACGCAAGGUGAGGCGAGGGGAAGCUAGGUGAGGGGAGCACCACACGAAUCUGAGGGGAGCGAGAGAGGGACUGAGAGAGCGAGCGAAUCGUCAGUACACAACCGGCCGCCCGUUGGGGAAUACACGUCGAGAGCCGUUCCGAUCUUACCCACUCGGCCCUCACGCCCGUGCACGCCUUCCUAGUGUCUAUUCCGAACGCCUUAGCACGUGCCACGCCCUACCAUCUGCGGACAGUGCACGGCUGUCCUCUGUCCGCUGUUCAGCCCUCCCUCGAACAGAAUAUUAGACAACAGCCAUGAGGGUUUGUCCUGGGAGAGGCUGACUUGACGUGAGGCAAGGAGUGUUUAUUUGGCUUGGCCGCCGCCGGGCUCCGCCAAACCCGGGCCGCGGGCCACACCUCCUGCCGCUACGCCUUGGACCUCCUCAGCCAUGCCCGCCCAGACCACCUCGACAUCCACCGGUCGGGCGCUCUCCAGUAUCGAAGUGUCGCCGCCUGAAGAAUAUUUCCGCGGGGUCUCGCCGUUAUGUCGUCGCCUACUGGACGACAUGAAGGCGGUGCGAGAGUCAUGGGGGGACGACUGGCACCACAUGUCGUACCAGCAGCAGUGUCGCGUGAUUGACCAAGCCAUCGUGGACGAGGCUACGGUGCGAAGGUACGAUGGCGGGGGCGUCGAGGGUGAGGGCGGCCCCGAGUGUGAAUACUUCCCGAAGCUGAAGCUGACGACGGGGCAGAAGGUGUUGUGCGACGAGAACCUGACCGCGCGGGGCUUUUCCUGCAGUUGGCGGGACGAACACUCGGCGCCGUUCUCUUGGCACACUCGCUCGCAGAUGGACCUCACCCUGGACACUCCCCCGGCCACGCCCACGCACCCCGGCACCCCCGUGGAAGCCCCGCCCACCACCGUGUCAGGGAAGGGUCGCGUCAUUCCCGGGGGUCGCGCGGUGUAUACGGCACGACCCGUCUCUCUGCCUAAGCCGCCACGCUUCCGAUGGCACUACGACCCUCCAGACGACCCUCCUGAUCCCCCUUCUGUAGUCGUAGCUGCUCCAAGGUCCUCAACACUACCGCGAGAGAUGACCAACGAACCUAAGAGUGCCACAACGUCUUUCAAGUACAUGCUGGUGAGAGGGCGUGGUGAAGAGGGCGUGGGUGUGGGAGCUGGGCUGCUAAAUAGACUCAGAGGCGCGGUAGCAGCCCUCACAGCUACCUGCCUACCCCUGCGUGCCUCGCCAGGAGUCUCACUUUUCCCUGGCCAUCGUGACACGGGGAAGGACUCCGAGGCAAGGUCUGACCUGCAAGGCUUAGCACAACCACCACCGCGACCAGGCGACCACACAGCGACCUCCACCCUCACCACGACCACCACCACUAACCUGACCCCUGGAGAUGCCGGGGAAGGGGACUGCAAUACUCUGCCCUCCCUCUCCAGAUUGUCUCCUGACCCGACCCUUUCUGGAUACGUGUGCUCGCUGCCUGAUGAUGACGAUGAUAUGCCCUACACAGCUGCCCACCCGACCACAACCGCAACCACAACCCAUCACUCUCCUUCACUCUUCACGUCCAUGCCUAAGUCUAAACACAGCCCUAAGUCUGCACUCACGCCCUACACAGCCCUGGAUGGCACCGCCUGCCCCGCCCCGCCCACGCCUCUGCCCACUCCAACCCUCGGCGAGGAGCCUCCCGCAGGAGACGCUGCCUUUCCGCCGCUGGCCACCUCCACCGCCAGCUCGCCGCGUCCGCCCCUGGCCCGUGUGGAGGACAGCCUCAGCGCCGCCUCAGAGCCUGACUCCACCCUGGACGCCCUGGACACACCCCGCGAGGAGCAGCCGCUGCUGACUACAGACAGGGACAGGAACCAGAGCCUGACGGACGACACGGACAUGUUUAAUUCUGUGUUGUCAAACAAGCGAGAGAGCAACAUUCCCAAGACCGGAUUUGACUUCCUCGACAACUGGUAAUGUGCAAGAGGAAGGAAAGUGUUGCAUGGUCCCCCCCCCCCUCUCUCUCUCUCUCUCUCUCACACACACACACACACACACACACACACACACGAAUAUAGAUACAGAUAAGUUUUACUAUUUUUUUCCAGCAAUUGAAGGAGGCAGCUCAAGGGCAAAAACAAAACAAACAACAUCAACAACAACAACAACAACAACAAUAACAACAACAACAACAACAACAACAACAACAAAGCCCGUUAGACACUGCUCCGACAAAGGAAAAUAUGAACGAUAGGUCAAAAGAGAGGUCAGUUUCGGUGUCUGUGUACUACCAUGCACUAGGUAAAACUAUAUAGGUAAAUACACACUUACCUAGAGGUGAAGUGUUGUGGGUAGUUACUGUUAGUCGCCUGCUCUCGAGAUAUCACCAAGAAUGACUCAAUCUCAUCCGCACUGUGAAGAAAAUACGCAACAUGUAGCGAAUUUUAUCAUUUUAAGACUCUCUCUCUCUCUCUCUCUCUCUCUCUCUCUCUCUCUCUCUCUCUCUGAUCACAAGGAUUACCAGAACACAUAAGCCUCCUUCCCUCCCUUUCCCUCUUUCUCUACCUUCUUAUGUGAAUGGCAAGACAUAUACUACCGUUGACUUAUCAAAACCUUCAGCAAAAUGUUACAACAAAUACUGUAAUCAUCAUGAUGUUCAUAGAUAAUGGCGUAUUAGAGGUCUUACAUAUAGAUAAUGGCGUACUUAAGGUCAUGUAGAGUUCACACCUGCGCUACUUAUCAGAUGUAUUAGAUGAUUAGAUUUUUUGCCUUUUUUCUAAACGUAGGCAUUCAAGAAUCGACUGAGUGGUGUUAUAAAUCAUGUAGCAAUAUACUGUUAUAGGAUGCAAACUCGCUGGCUAGAUGUAGGGAUGGGGAACAAUGCCAGCAGGACAUUUAACCAUAUAUAGAUUUCACUACGAAGUUUCGAGACACAGGGCACGUAUUCUCAGACGCUUUUGGCUCUCACAACUAUUUCCAAAGGCCACAAGGGAGAGUAGUCGUGUUCUCAGGAGUGCUUUCCGCGCUCGCGGUGCAGCAGAAGCCUUGUAAAACUAUCACUAGGCUCUUAAAAUUGCCUAUGGAAAUACCCACAACCUCAACGAAAGCCUUAUCAAUUGUGGGUGUGUGAACCCCGAAAUGUUUGGAAAUAUGGGCCCAGUUUCCUAUAAUUCAUACAAGAACAGUGUGUUAGCAUGUGAAGGUGGAUCUUCUGUUCAUAUUGCAAACGCUCUCUUUCCCGGCCAUUCCGUUGAGAUUAGUUUCAGUCAUGUCAGUAUGCCAGAUUUGAUUCCCUGAGCUUCGUAUGAACCCCCUCUACAAUUUAAUGGCUAAAUUCAACAUAUCAACUCUCUCUUAGUGAUAGUAUGGCUGAGGUAUGCAAAAGAAAAAAUAAAUAAAUGGAAGUGAAAGUGUGAAAUCAUAAUGAAAAGUUGAAAACAGUUUAUCAGCUGCCGAUGGAUUCUGGCUUCGUAAUAGUUCACAUCUCUCAGUAAGGGAAAGCUUGAAGAACAGCCAUUGAACUCUGCUGUAUGAGUAGGCUAAUGUAUGUGAUAUCUAUAAUGAAAAGUUGAAAACAGUUAAGCAGCUGCCGAUGGAUUCUGACUUCAUAAUAGUUCACAUCUCUCAAUAAGGGAAUAAGAACAGCCACUGAACUCUGCUGUAUGAGUAGGCUAAUGUAUGUUCACCACUUCAUACACACCAUUCCGAUGAUCACUCGCUGGGAGGUGAGUACAGACUGCCGAACGUGCCCCUUAUCUAGGUAUUAUAAUGCUUGCUCAGGAUACUCUGGCUAACGAGGUCGACUGUUCAGCAACUUGUAUAUGCAGCUCGCAAAGCCUUCCUCUACAUUCUCUCUCUCUCUCUCUCUCUAGGUAUUAUAAUGCUUGCUCAGGAUGACAAGGUCGACUGUUCAGCACCUUGUAUAUGCAGCUCGCAAAGCCUUCCUCUCUCUCUCUCUCUCAUGUACCAUUUUCAGGUUAUGGCUGAAUACUCUAGCUGUUGAUGGGAAAACCUUUGAAAAUAUAAACAGCUGCUCAGUGCUCCUUUUUAUAUCUUCUUUUCUACGUGUAACAAACAAAUAAAAACCUAAUUGUUGUAUAUCUAUUGGAAUAAAACAAAUGAAACCAU